AGGGCUUUCUUGCCUAAAGUGGGCUCGCUCGUCAGGGUUCGCCACAUUAACACUAUUAUACAAACACUAGCAGAACCAGUUUGGUUGAGCCACAGACAUAGCACAUGGAAAUGUGAAAAACUAUAGGAUGGAAACAAGCACCUAAAGGAAACCGGAUCAUCUAGACUUUGAGAGGAGUGAAACCGCAGUAGUGUGGAGUCUGGGGUCACGAAACCAGCCGUGGACAGAGACUGAGAAGAAAGAUGCGGGGUCAAUUACCUAACAAGUGGUUUUACAAUCUCUGGCUGUCGGUUGUUCUGAUACUGCUGGUUAUGUAUGCCUGCUUCUUCUCUGAACACCUCAGCCGCAUGUUUGAGAAAGAGGCUGACACUAAGGCAGCCUGCAGCCCAAACACCAACAGCUCUGUUGAUGACAAAGCAAGAUUGUUGUAUGAACAACCCAAAAUUAUCCCACAUCGUACUGACGUGGUGUUCGCGAGCCCCUGGUUGGCUCCUAUCGUCUGGCAGAGCAGCUUCAACUCCAUUCUCCUGGACGGCAUCUAUAAGCCCAUGAACAUCACUAUAGCAACCACAGUUUUCGCUCUUGGAAAGUACGUGCGUUUCCUGAAGGACUUCUUGGGAACGGCAGAGAUACACUACAUGGUUGGCUACAAGGUUGACUUCUACAUAUUUACUGACAGUCCUGGAGACGUUCCAAAUGUUACCCUGGCGGAAGGGAGGCGGGUGAAAGUGAUGAAGGUGCCCAGCUCCAACCGCUGGCAGGACAUUUCAGCUCGCAGGAUGGAGAUGAUCCAGCUGCUCAUCGAGAAUACGAUCAGGGGUCAAGCAGACUACAUCUUCUGUCUGGACGUCGACUCCAAGUUCUACGCUCACUUUGGGGUUGAAGCUCUGGGUCGACUGGUUGCUACGAUACACCCCAAUUACUGGUUUCUGGGACGUGACCAGUAUACAUACGAACGCCGUCCGGAGUCACGGGCCUACAUCCCCUGGGGGGAGGGAGACUUCUACUACGGAGGCGCCCUCUUUGGAGGACUGCUGGAGGAUGUCCGCUCCAUGGCAGAGACCUGCCGUCGGAAUUUUGAGGCGGACACGGCCAAUGGGAUCGAGGCAGCGUGGCAAGAGGAGAGCCACCUGAACAGGUACUUCCUGUAUAACAAGCCGUCCAAGUUGCUGUCGCCUGAGUACCUGUGGCAGGACGUUACAGCCUGGAACAAGGAGAUUUGGUUGGUCCGUUUCUCAGGGGUGGACAAGAACUACGCAGAGAUUCGGCCAAACUGAGGAGACAGAGGGAGCCAUGUGAUCCAGGACAUGGUUCUGUGUAUUCAUUUGUAAUCUGAUUGCUUGUUAGUCACUCCACAUCAAAUUGCUUUGAGUUGUCCAUUGUGUUUUUUUAAUAAAGGGGUCAUUGACUGGG